AUGACCCGGACCCAUCCUCCUAAUAUACUGGCAUCAACUCUAUAUCGGGACAUCACUCUUAAUCUCAUCACUCAUCACCCCAUUCUACACAACUCUCCACAAUGUGACCUGAAAAUGAUUGACAAACCCGAGAUCAUUAACAAAAGACAUUGUCGUAGCUUUGACUUCAUUGAGUCACUGGACGACCCACAAGCUCUAUCCUCCACAGUGGAGUAUCCUAAUAAGAGAUCUGAGCAUUUGGCUUUCAACAAAAACGUAAUGUGGAAUGGAUUAGAUCAAUCGGGACAUCUUCGCUUUUCAUCUCCAGAUCUUUUUAACACCAGGCUCCUUCAGCAGCAGCAGCAGCAGCAGCAGCAGCAGCAAGACAAAACCAGCCAUCUAUCGUGGUCCGAUACUAAAAAAAGAGCAAGAUCUAAAAGUACACCACGUAUUAAGGCCACAUUCACUCCGGUGCCAAUUUCUGUGUCUCCUCCUAGCACAGGCAAAGGUAGGGACACACCUCAGGCAGCUCAGGAUGCUCAAAAGGAAACUUAUUCAUCAAACAGGGCUUUUUUAAAUGAAGUUCAUCCUAUUAAACUGCAACCACACACCCCGCUCUAUGUCUCUGACUGUUUUGAAGAAGGCAAACGAGACAAGCCAGCCACUACGCCUCAUGUUAGGUGCCGUGUGGACAUUAAACCAGAUGCUGCGGUUCUACAGCAAACAAGGCACAAUGUACGGGGCGAUAAUCAGUGGCAAAGAUAUUCACAGGCCGGUAGUAGCCGAGGUUUGUAUGUACAACCACCACCGCGACAGAUUGGCUCCUCACCGACGCCCACUCCCAGUGAAUGCUACAGCGGGGAUUUUAGACAAGGAUACCACUAUACUACCAGCAUGUCCCCCAUCUCCUACCAGCAUUUAGACUUCAGAAUGCCAUCACCAACACCUCCAUACCUAACUACAGAACAAAGAGCAUACUCAAACCCCAACAUACCCACUAAGUUCUUUUAUACAGAAGACCCUGUCCGAUUUCCCAUUCAUCCCUUCUCCAGACCGUACUUUCAGGAUGAUCGGUCGAGUAUUACCAGCCAUGCUAGUACUCUGACUAGUCACUAUGACCCAAGGACUAGAUGGGUACACACUCUUCCUCCUCGUUCAUACUACACUGAUCGGGACCCUCUGCAUAAUGUUUAUAGUAGACCAUACUCUACAAGUGAGACUGGGUCUUACGUGUCCCAUGCACCACUUUCCAGACCUUAUUUUGGAGAUGAAAGCCGCUAUAACACAUAUCACCCAACCAGUUCAGGGCUCUUUUAUUCCAAACCGUAUGUCGCUCCCACAGAGGCAUACAUUCCCACAACAAGACUUUAUCACACAGAAGGUCGUCGGAGACCAUCUGAAGGUCUGUCUAAUGACUGGUAUCGGUCCAGUAUAUCUGGUUACUCCAGCCAGUCCUUCCAGCACACACAUCCCAGGUUAAGAGAGACAGGUAUACCCCCGUGGUUUGGGAGUGUGGACACCACUCGUCUUGGGGAAGAAGCUAAAAAUCACUCCAAAUCUUUUGACAAUAUUUUGUAUCCCCAUCUGGACAGAGAUCAGUCUGUGCCCCGUGGUCGAAGUUAUGAGAAUCUGUUUAACCAACCUCGACAUGGAGCAUCCACUGAUGUUACCUCUCAGCCUGUUAUUCUAAAUCUCUCAAGCUCACCAAGGCGCUAUGCAGCACUGUCUCUAUCAGAAAACUCUUUAGACAAGGGGUCAAGUAACUCUUGGAGGAAUAUAAAAGGUGGCCAGUGGUUUGUAACACCUGAGAUCACAAUCACAGACAAUGACUUAUGUGCAGGAAAUAACAAGAGGCGUGAAGUGCACUCGGUCAGCUGGGAUGUAAUGGACAGUGAAAAGAGAUCUACUCCGAGGGUGAUGCAACAGAAGCAAGAAUCUCUCACACCAGAUUUGACCAAAGACAGGAAACAUAACAAUUUUUCCCUACAACAAAGCCUGGAGCAGCUGGACAAGCUGUUAGCUGAUCUGGUUGUAGACUACAAACCACCUACAAGCAGGAAGUCAAGCGAUGAGCUCUUGGAUCAACUUAAGCAACUCAUAAAUGUUGAUGAUAAGGACCAAUGCACAUCUGCGGUGGAAAACCUUCAGAGUUCUAAUACACAGCUCACAUCUAGUAAAUCCAGCCCCGACACAAAUAAGGAAGCAGACAGUGGCUGUGAUGCUUUUCAAAGGAGUGCAGAGGAGUGCUCACCUGACCAUAGCACAGAUGAGGAUGACAACCUGGUGUGCGCUAAUAAAAAGUGCAAUCGGGCUGAAAGUAUGUUCAAUGCAUGUUUGUACUUUAAAUCAUGCCACAGUUGCUACACAUUUUACUGUUCACGAACUUGCAGGAGGGAUGACUGGGAAACUCAUAAGGAGACUUGUUUGUAUGGCCGAGUCAGUAGUGUGUGCCGUCAUACACUUAAGUUUUGCAGAGAGAAUACAGACAUCCAUAAAGCUUUCUCACGUGUUGCUAAAGCAGGCUAUCUUUCGCGAGGGAGAGGGGUGCUCUUCCUGGGCUUUGCUAAUCCGGACACAGCUAACAACUUCCUGCAGGUGGGCCUGGAGAGCCUUCUCAUGUCUCCUACAUACUUAUCACUCAGAGAGCUAGACGGCUUCAAAGACAAUCUAGGUGAAUACUGCAAAGAACUACAACAGGCAGGAAAUGAGUAUGAUCCCAAUGAAUGUUUCCUCCUGAAUGUAUCCAUAGCUGUUGGUGAACUGGUGCCUAACAGACCAUCUCCAAGGAUCCAAGCUCCAACGGUGCGCAAAUAUGCAAAGGUGUCCCUGGCAUCGUCUAGUCCAGAUAAAAAAGUACUCAAGCAGGAAAAUGAAAUGGAAACUCUAAUCUUAACUCCACCACCUGGGACACCAGACAUAGAUCGGGAAGGGGAGGAGGGAAGGAAAGCACGGGAAGUCUGCUUUGUCAAUAUUCAGCGUGAACUCAGGACAAGGGGUGUCUUCCUCCGGCAUGAGUAUCCCAAAAUUUAUAACCACCUUUGUGAGUUUGUGGAGAACAAUAUACGGUUCACACCAACCACGAUUUAUCCCAUAGAUAAGAGAACAGGGAAACAGUUUAUGUGUAUGAUCAUGGCGGCAUCAGAGCCAAGGACAUUGGACUGGGUGGGCACACCUCAUCUGUUGGAUGAUAUUAUUUAG